ACAUUGGGGAAAUUCAUUGAGUAACAGACAGUUCAGAGUUGUGCAGCAUCUUUGAAUGGCACCCAAAAAACAAUUUGAGCAUGGACAACAUUAUCAUCUAAUUUAAACAGACUUUACAUGGAAAGAGAUGGAGGAGAGUGUGGAUGUUCGUGCACUGAGGGCCAAGUUUCAUGCCAAGGUUGACUUGUCUAGUAGCCGAGACAGCACUUCUCCGAUAUCUCCACUGCCUGGGUUUGGUGUUACCGUAAAUGGAGGGCUCCAACACAAACGGAUGCCUAUCGCUCCCAUGCCACCACUUCCUGGAUCAAGCUCUUCCCCGGACCUUCAGAGACUAGCCCAACGACCUGUAAGGGCCGAACUGGAGGGGAUGAUCGCCAGCCCUAGGCCUCCUCCAUUGCACCACCCCUACGGAGCCACCAAGGAGCUGCCCAGACCCCCACACCACCCCUCGGAACCAGAGAGGUCGGGCAAGGCCAGAGUCACGGGAGAGCUCCUGCAGAACAUGAUGCUGAAGCAUAAAGCAGGGCCAUCCACCCCUACCAAGCUGACACCUCACCACUUGCCUAGCCAGAGGAGUCUAAUGGAGGUGACCCCCCUGAGAAGAGCCCUUCCCCCUGAGGGCCCGCGACCCAUAAAGCCCAAACGGCCUCCGCACGUUAACCUGCAGGCCCAUAAGAGAAACCCCAGAGCACCACCCCUUACAGAGCGGCCAAAGUUAAGGAAGACUGAAGGUGGCAGUAGUCUGUCUCUCCCCGGACUAACCAGUCACUCAGUCCCUGCAAGACCCCCAGGCAAGCCCAGCAGCCUACCGCGACAGCCUACCCCUGUACAUUUCGAGGAAGACUAUGACGACAUAGAUGUGAAACCACCCCCCCCACCCCCAAAACACCCUGGGAGCUGGGACAAAAGUGACAGCCUGAAUGAUAAUAGCUCUUCACAAAUAGAUGAGGGAAGCGAUGAAAGUGAAAUCUAUGAUAUGAUCGAUGAAAGCAAUGGACAGGAACAAGGAAGGAAAAGUUCAGAUAAGAAUAAAACAAAAGAGUUGAAGCGGCAACAGGAGCAAGAGAGGAGAGAAGAGAAGGAACGGCAGGAAAAGGAAAACAAAUACAGAAAGAAAUUUAAGCUGGGACCAGGAAAGAUAGAGAUGCAUCACACAGCCAGGGUUCGGCAUGACUGGCAAGGGGGAAAGAACGAUCUUAGUGUUCGACAGGGUGAAACUGUGGAGAUCAUCCGGGUCAAGAACAAUCCGGGGGGAAUGUGGCUAGCCCGCAACGCGUCCGGUCAUUACGGCUACAUCAUUAACACAUGUGUGGAUGUGGACUACGAGGAAGUGAAACGUAAACUAAAACUGACCAGGGCAUCUGAACCCAUACCACCACCUCUACCGCCUCCGCCUCCACCUCCACCUCCUGAAGACAAUGACAUCUACUAUGAUGUGGAAUCAUCAGAUAACAUAAACAGCGGCAGGACUCUGGACGAUGAUGACUAUGAUGAUGUCCAAGAUUUCCCUCCUCCACCUCCUGAAAUUAGUCUAGAUCCAAAGCUUAAAAAGAAGCUGGAAAAAGAUGAACAGGAAUUCAGAAAAAAGUUCAAGUUUGAGGGGCCCAUCAUUGUGUUACACAUCAUGAUGGCUGAUGCAACCAUCAAGAAGGCCGGGGGAAAGGAUCUACCAGUGGAUCAAGGAGAGAUCUUGGAGGUCAUUGAACUCACAAACAACAAGAAAGCCCUGUGUCGAAACAAGCUGGGAAAAUAUGGAUAUGUACCCCGGAAGGUUCUUCUUCCUGCGGAAGGGGAUGACAUUUAUGACGAUAUUGAUCAUAACGAAAUCAAUGACAAUGUCUAUGAUGAUACGAUCCACUGAAGACCUUUUCCUUUCUGUAUCAUAGAUACUGGGCCGACAAUUUAAUGCAUGUCUUCCAUGGAGACACAAACACAUUCACAUAAUUGACAGACAGACACUGGCACACACAAAUAUCCUAAGAACUUAAAAACGUAUUGCACGAUUGUUGUUUGCUCCAAUUUGCUUGUAGAAACUAUUUAAUACACUAUUAUUGGUUCAUGACUUGGCUUUUGGAGAUUAGUGUAAGAAAUAAAUACUUUUUUUU